UGUUGAGUUUUCAAAUGCGCCUGGCAAACAAAAGUAGUUUUCCAAGCAGGAAGCAGGGAAACAACCUUGGAGCAGUAGACUCGGUAGACUAGUUCUCACUGAGACCAGAUCACAGCAUUUGUCGGACAGGUUAUAAAUAAGCAGGCAGUGUUUGAACUCAUGAGUGAAGGAUAUUAAACCGUCUUUAAACCGCAUGUGCUGUGAAUUAAGGACACACCGGUUCAGGUGUAGUGGUAAAGUUAGUAUAGCUACCAUUGAGAACCCAGUGUUUGGAGUUGGAGUAUUCAUUGAUUAAUCAGAUUUAUUGUGUCAGCGCACAAAGCCUUGUCUGCUUCAUCUAGAGCGCCCGCCCAUUGGGGUUUCUGCGGAGCGAUAGUGGGAGAUUGAUUAUAGUCUCCGGGAUUUGCCGUGGAGGAAGCCAGAGCCUGUUUGGACUGCGAUUUGUUCUCCCAUCAGAGAAGGGGAGGACAAUCAUAGCAAGGUCUAACCGUCAGUCCUUGCAGAUCUCCCAGUAGCCUACACAUUAAGUCUCCUGUCUGCGAUCAAGUCACGCUGGACUUUUGUCUUUUGCCGGGGAGGCUGCGAGUGUGAAUCGCCUCCGCAGUCUCUGAUGCGUAGUAAACGGGGAGUGGGUUGGGUCGCCUAGGCGCCUGGCAUUCGCACACGUCGUCAGCGAUAAAAGCAGAUAGGUGAGGGUGAAAGCGAGGGGAAGCAACACCCGAGGCAUUUUUAAGCAGGAGGACGCAGGAGUGGUGAGUCUGUCGGACACUGGCAAACCGCCGGACUCACCGGCUGUGGAUUUGACUCUCAAGACAAGCCCCGGUUGCCUUUAUCGCCCGGGAUUCGUAGACCUCCUUUCGGAUUCAGGACCAGCGGUUAACCACACUGACAUAUCCGACCAGACAUCACAUCUUCGUCUAAAGGAUAUAUUGGAAGUGAAUCUGCGGGGCAACGCACAAUGGCAACCGGUGCGCUCGUUCUUGCCUUUGCGCUGCUUGCCGGUGUUGGCGUGGCUCAGAGAGUGGUAACGGUGGAAAGUGGACCGCUGAUACGGACCGAGGGCUCUCAUGUGACCAUCUGGUGCAACGUGACGGGCUACAAAGAGGGAUUGCAGCAGGACUUUGAGUGGUCCAUGUACCUGCCAUCAGCAUCGGACAGGGAGAUCCGCAUCGUGAGCACGGCUCAACAAAACUAUGCCUACGCCGUCUAUGCCCAGAGGGUGAAUAGUAAAGAGAUCUACGUGGAGAGGCUGAGCCGUGACUCAGCUGUGCUUCACAUCACCAAAGUGCAGGCCAAGGACCAGGGUCUGUUUGAGUGUUACACACCCAACACAGACGGGCAGUACUUGGGAUCCUACAGUGCACGCACCAACCUCACUGUCAUCGCGGAUUCGUUGACAGUAACCGCUCCAGCCCAGACUCUGUCCAAGGUGGAAGGCGACACACUACAGCUUACUUGCGAGGUGUCUCGGACCACCGAGCAGCACACACACUUAUCGGUGGGUUGGUACCUGCGGUCCCCAGAGGACGCGGCCGCCCCACCUCAGGAGCUGGUCACCUUGUCAAGGGACUUUGUUCUGCGCUCUGGGGGACCGUACCGGCAGAGGAUGGCGGCAGGGGACCUCAGGCUGGAUAAAACCAGCGCUACGGCCUACAGGUUGACCAUUCACAAGCUGCAGCCAGUGGACCAGGGCCUUCUAUACUGCCAGGCUGCUGAGUGGAUUCAAGACUCAGACGGCAGCUGGUUUGCCAUGACACGCAAGCAGAGCGAAAAGACUCAGCUCCGCAUUCAGCCCACUGAUCGGGACUUCAGCAUCCAGGUGAGCACAGAGCGACGGUCCUUCACGGCCGGUGAGCCGCUGGAGCUUCGCUGCACCAUCGAGGCCCAGAAUGUGCCCGAGCGUUUCUUCUCGGUGUCGUGGGUCUUCAGCAGCUCACCGGUGGCCGUGGUGGGCCCCAGUGCCGUGCCUGUCCUGGGCCCCGAUUACGUCGACCGCGAGGCGGCUGGUCACAUGACCGUGCGGAAAGAGAGCUCCAACGUGCACCUGCUCAAGCUGCAGCACCUACGCGCUGAAGAUGCUGGGAAAUACAUCUGCCGCGUGACAGAGCGGGAGAAGACGCCCACAGGGGACUUCAUCGACCGCAGCAAGAGGUCCCGCAAUGUCCAGAUCACGGUCCAGCCACUGAAGAGCAACAUCACAGUGUCAUUGUCCACUAACUCCUCUGAGGUCCUAGAGGGCAAUGUGAUCCAGUUGAAAUGCUUAGUCCACUCCACUACAGGCCCUCUGUCUGUUGUCUGGCAGUGGAUAGACAAGCAGGUGACUGGAGCAGCCCAGGAGGUGGCUUCUGUGGAUCGGGAUGGUACUAUGUGGCUCAGUCCCACUUACAGAGAGCGCGCCAGCUAUGGGGAGAUACGUGUGGAGAAGGUGCGGGCCGACGCAUUCUCUCUGUCCCUGCACAAUGCUGUACCUGGGGACGAAGGACAGUACCGCUGCACAGCCACUGAGUGGUUUCAGACGGGCACUGAACCAGAGCUAAACUGGGAGAAGAUAGGAGAGAAGUUCGCUACCAAGACCAUCACUGUCAAGACUGUUGAGUCCUCCUUCAUGGUGUCGGCCUCAUCACGGACACCAUCCGUUACCUUCGGAGACUCCUUCGACCUCCUGUGCCUGGUCAAGCCCCGCCACAACCCCCGUGUCCCCACUUCCGUCACCUGGCGCUUCAUGCCAGCUGACACUGAAGGUGAUGACGAGGAUCAGGGGGAGUUCAAAGACCUGGUGACUUUCACCCGCGAGGGCACGCUGCAGUGGGGGGAGCAGUUGCUGGGACUGGGUACCCGCACCACAGUGGACCGCUCUCACUCCAACACCAACUUUCGGUUGUCAGUGACUCGGGCAGGCCGUCGCGAGGCGGGCAAGUACCAGUGCACCGCCGUCCUGUGGAGGAGGAACUACGACAACAGCUGGAGCAAAGUAGCCAACCGCACAUCCAACCUGCUUGGCAUCACUGUCCUACAGCCAGAGAGCAAGCUGCGAGUGCACAAGACCAACCAGUCUCAGGUGUACCUGGAGGACAGCCGUGUCAGGAUCAACUGCUCCAUCACCUCCCAGACCAGCCAGGACUCACAGCACGCUGUGCUGUGGUACGUGAGGCGCGCAGCUGGGUCAGAAGCGGAAGAGCUCCUGCUGAGAAUUGAACGCACAGGGGCCUUUGAGUACGGCGCCUACGCCGACGAGGAGAGACUGCGACGCCGAGUGCAGGCCGAGAGGCUGUCACCCCGUCUCUAUGUGCUGACGCUCAACAGGGCAGAGAACAGCGAUUCUGGGACAUACUACUGCCUGGUGGAAGAGUGGCUGAGUGACCCAGAUGGAGCCUGGUAUCGACUUUCCCAGGAGUCCUCUGGGUUCACACAAGUUCUGGUCAGACAGCCAGAGGUUCGAUUGCAGGUGGAGGAAAUGGAGUCAAACGUGACAGUGGAAGAGUCCGGCUCAAUCCGGUUGGGCUGUAGCAUUCCUUCCCAGUCGUCCCGAGACUCCCGCUUCUCCGUGUCCUGGUAUGUGGAGCGCUCCGAGGACGAGGACGGUGAGGAACUGCCAGGUGAGGAAGAGGGAGACCGGGAGUGUGUGUUCUCCAUCGGCCAUGACGCCGUUUUUGGAAAUGGAAACUGCAGCCCCAGAGAGGAGGCGGGGCCAAAUUCCCGCCUGCAGUUUGAGAGGAUGACCUCUGACCAGUACAGCCUGACCAUUCAAGGAGCACGGCCUACAGACGCAGGCCGAUACUACUGCCAUGUAGAGGAGUGGCUACUCAACCCCCGCAAUGCAUGGUACCGCCUGGCCACCAACAACUCUGGGCUCACUAUCGUCAAUGUUCUGCAACAAGUGUCCACCCUCCAGUCGGUGGUGUGCUCCAACGACUCCCUCUUCUACUUUGUCUUCUUUUACCCCUUCCCCAUCUUUGGCAUCCUCCUCAUCGCCGUGCUGCUAGUGCGCUACAAGAGCCGCAACAACAGCAAGAGCCAAGAAGGCAAGAACGGCGCCCCCCUCUUGUGGAUUAAAGAACCUCACCUCAGUUACUCUCCCACCUGUCUGGACCCGCCUGCACUCAGCCUCCACCCUGGCUCUGUCGACUAAGAGAGGGCCCCCACCCCACCCCCACCUCGCGCACAUCGCGGAUCCAGCCAACACAAUCCCAGGGGAGCAGACGUGGACUCCACCUUCAGACUUUACUGUCGUUCACUGCUGUGUCGAAAUAGUUGAUUAGUUUAAAAGUUCCUACCCUGGUGGCUGCGUGUUUUAUGUUAACAACUGUGUGUGUUUGGGUGCGCGUGGGUGCGUGUGUGGACUAGAAUGGGUGUGCCAGGUUAGCACGAUUUAACUGUGUGAGCGUGAAAUGAAGGGCAAGAGAGUAUCAUGAGCCUCUCACAUUUUUGUUUUCCGUGAAACUUAACCUCAUAGCUGCAUUUAGAUUUUUAUGACUCUGAAUAAAAAAAAUUGCGCACAUGAGAUCAUUGGCCGAUCCGGGAAGAACGUUUAAGAGAAGAAACUCUAUAAUCGACUCCGGCACUGAAUGGAGGCCAAAAAAGUCUCCGCACUGAUCCAAGAGCAGCCUCAGCCUGGCCCACUAUGUCGGUUGCCAUAGUGAUUCUCAGCGCCCACUGACUCCGUAGCUGAUGAUUUGGUUGCCAGCCUGCAUAGAGACAAAGGCAAGGACACACAAGUCUGUGUCCUAAGUGAGGAUGUGUGUAUGUGUGUUGGCCCACCUGCCUCCACAAUGAAUUUGCCUUGGCAGACAGAAACUGGUCCUCGUGCGCCACUUAAACACUGCCAGACACUCUGGCCUUAGUGAGAGACUGCUCCACUCUUCUCUUCUACCCUCCUCCUCUCCAAAAAGAGACAGAAAAAGAAAGAGAGGGAGAAAUAUUGGAAAUGAUGGAGAAUAAAUGAACAACCCUCUCCUGCAGAGAAUAUACGUACUUUGACAUACAGGAUUUUUUUUUUUCUUUCAGUGCCAAGACCUCCUUAUUUCUAUAGCUGUCCUCUGCAGCAAAUGUUUGAAGUUUUAAAGAGGGGGAAGCUGAUUGGUUUUGAGGCAGAUUGUAAAUAUGUCUGCUUACCUCCUGCUGUGGGUUUAUGGGCUUUGUGGGCAAAAGGCCAAUUUUUACACUAACAAAUCAGUUGAAUUGUCCUGCUUAAAUUACACAGUAGGGGGUUAUUGACUGAAAUUAAAUUCUUGCACAUUUCUUUAAGUUGCCCAGUAUGAACACUCCAUCCUGUCUUUAAAAGAUAUCAGAAGCUCAAAAGAUGCGUAUUAGUUUGAAAAAAGACUUUUGAUUUGUUAAGAGCAACACUGGGGUGUGUAGUAAAACACUCUAAACAUGUUAUCUGCACAUAAGAAAACAAAUUGAUGGAAGGAGCAAAUUUUUGACUUUUGUGUUAUUUUAAAGAUUUUCUAUUUAUUGUUUUAUACAACUUUGCAUAGCUUUGUAAGAUUUUCUUUUUUUUCCUUUGGAAUUCUUUAAGAACUAUUCUGCUUGUGUUGCCAGGCAACUGCACCAAGCAGAUUAUGUCAAUAGCCUGUGUGUUGGCAAUGUGGUAGAUGUAGAAAUGCUAGAUUUGUCCUGCGCAUUGCAGUCUGUAGCAUUUCAUACCAGAUUGUCAAGUUUGGUCAGUGUCAAAACACUGUAUAUCUAUAUCUAUAAUGAAAAUUACUGUGGCUUUACAUGUACAAUAGUUGAACAGACUGGUCACAAAAAUGGAUUCACUUAAUGCUUUUUGCUUGAGUCGCAUUUAUUUAGUGAAAUGUGAUGUAACACCUAGGUAGGAUGUUUGAUCAAAGACAGCUGAAGCUGAACUGUUAAAACGUCUUCUUAAUCAUAGAUUCUAGCUGAAGGCGUCCUCUUCAGCUCCCAUGAUGUGAGGGAGAAGGGUUGAAAAUCUGUGUCACCUUCCCUGGAAUGCAACAACCAGGAGAGGUGUGAAAUCCUCUACCAGACCUGGGCCUAACCCUUCCACUGCCAGACUGGACAUGAAAACUCUUGAAGAACUUGACAUUGUUGUCUCAAUCGUGUCAACGUGUAUAUUGCAUGACAAUAUUGCAGGAGGAAUUUUGAUGUUUUGUAAACUUUCAACUCCUUGAGCUUUGUGUUUGUGUGACAGAGCAGUGCCCAAACCCCUUGACUUCCUGAGCCAAGAGUCAACACAAAGCCCAGUCCCUUGUCAUUUACAAUAUUUGACUGCCAAUUCCAGGUGCCCUGUGACCCUCUGAAGUAAUCUAUCAAGAAUGGGUGUUGUGGAGAUUGUGUUUGAUAUAAUUGCUCAGAUUUGUCUUUUUAAUGCUUUGCUUUUAUUCCACACUUCAUUAAACAGAUUUAUGUCAACAAAAGCCAAAAGUUACCAAGCUAAUCCUGACACAAGUCACAGAGUUCUUACAUUUCAACUUCCUUUACUGUUUUUUUGAAGGUAACCAGUACAUUUCAAGUAGCCCACACUAUUCCAGGUGCAGUAAGGCGGUUGCCUUUUAGUCAGAGUUAGAAAUGUGAUGCAUGUGCAGCAAAUUCACCUUCAACUAAAUUGAUCAGCGUCUUCAGAGAUUGAUUAGUUGCCUGUGUUUUCACAAAAGUGUGGAUAAAUAAUCUUUAGGAGAGAACUGGGAUAAUGUGCACAUCCAAUCUCCGUUGGGUACAAGGACUGGCUGGACAAAUGCAGAACACAUUUCAAAAAGAUAGGCAGACACACACUGAAUAUUGCAAGCUCCAGCGUAGUUAAUGAGACACCAUCGAUAUGAGAGAAAAACAGAAAAUGACAACUCCACCUACAACAAGAAGAACACACCAUACAUAAAAAUUCCCAUAAGCCCAAAAAUUAACCACUAUACACAUAUAGUCACAUGACAACUAUGCUAAAAUUGGCUAAAGGUUUAUGCAGGGUACAUAUACAGUAUUUACUGUAUAAUAAAAAAAAAUUGACAAAUGUACAAUGAUAGAAAUAUUUACAAUAUUGUGAUUGUGCAUGAGAUAAAGUAUUUUGUAAAUAGCCUUAGUUUUUGUGAUGUGCUCAUUGUAGUGGGAGUUGUCAUUUUCUCUGUAUAUAUGACCUAUUUUUCUUCAUACUUGCCUAACAAAGACCUUCGUGGUCGAAAUGUUGCCUCAUUAAAUUGCAAUAUUCAGUGUGUGGACUACCUCUCUUUUUCCAUUAUAAACAGUCUUUAGCCUCCUGUUGCUAGUUGAUGUGACUUGCUGUUGCAAAGUCAAAGGUGUGUGUGUGUGUGUGUGUGUGUGUGUGUGUGUGUGUAUAUAUAUAUAUAUAUAUAUAUAUAUAUAUAUAUAUGCAUAUGCAACCAUCAAAACUGCAGGAAAGUCAUUCUGUGCAUUUCAGACCCCAGUAUCACCAGGAAUAAUUGAUGGAGCUGUUUGAAAGGUUUUAUGUGAUUUGACAGUAAUGGCUGCAUAUCUUAUUGACUUGCAUUUGCUUUGGCAGUAAAUGCUGGUAGGGAGCUGCUUUCAGUUUUUCAUACGGAAAAAAUCUAGAUGAAUUUAUUGGUUGAAUGAUUACUUUUUAUAAAUCUUGAACAUUCCUAGAGUUGUGUAAAUGGUGCCACUGAACAGCUGCUUCUGCUUCAGUAUGUAAAUCACAUAAUCUGAGAUUGACUUAAUUCAUGCAAAAUUCAUUUCAUCUUUCUAGACUUGAGCCAGGAAGUGCAGGGCAUGGUCGUGGUGUGUGAUGUAACAGCACUGCCACAUCAUUGGGGCUGUACAGUUGAAAUCUGAAUGGUGUCUUUUGUAGUAAUACUAUUAAUACCAUCCAUAGCAUCUUCCCAAGAUUCCUCCAGAUGUUCUGACAGUGUUGUAGCUGGGUUUAGAGGGCUGCAUGUAUUGGCUGUGUGCUGGCUCCAGAUUUAGGUGUAAAAUAGUUUGUGGUGAUGUUUUCAGUUCACCAGUGAUGCUUUACUUUCAGUGAUGUAUUUUUAUAUGACCAUGGUUUGUUUUUUUUUUCUUUUGUUCUAUCAAAUAGUUGCCAUCAUGACCAUUAAAAAGGCACUUGUCCGUUUAAUGCAAUAAAAUAGAUUAAGUGCA